AGCUGGCCCAGUGAUACCGUGUUCCACAAGCAUUAUAUUUUUUUAUGAAAAAGUAAGAAAUCUAAUACAUAUAAUGCAUUUGGAUGAGUUGCAACAAAUACUUUCUUUGUCCCCCAUAGUGGGGGUCACUUUCUAUCGUCCAUUCUCCACCACCUUAUAUAAAGCGACAUCAUAAUCAACUUCUUAUUUGAUUUGAUUUUAAACAAAUGAUUACAUUUUGAAUAAUAAAAUGUUUUGGUGCGCCCGUUGUAAAACUUCCUGGACGCGCCCCUGACAGUAACGUGUGUCCGUGCGUAAAGGCAGAGAUGCUUGGUGGCCACGUCCCCUUGGAGACUGGAGAGACAACACGUGAUGAGCUUUACUGAUCAGGUUCAGAGAACCAGAGAGACACCGAGACACGGCGAGAGACAGGCCGGGGCACGGAGCCUGGAGCCCGGCCACCACUUCAGCCAACCUCCGGAGCAGCAGUUACAGUUGAAGAGUUGAGUUCGUCUUGUUUGUUUCAUUAGAGAGGAGGAAGAGGAGGAGGAGAGGAGGAAGAGAAGCAGAGCAGCAGCAGCAGGAGGAGGAGGAGGAGGAGAGAAGAGGAAGAGGAGGAGAAGCCGGAGUAAAGUUUGUCCAAGUUUGCACAUCCCUUCGGAAACGCCAUUUUGAUUCCUCUCCUCUUCGGAGCGACUUUGCACCUCUUCCUCCUUACGUUUUUUUAACUUCAUCCUUCCUCACCACCGCCACCACCACCACCAUCAUCAUCCGCGCCACGAUGUCUCGGCGUAAGCAGCCCAACCCCAACAAAGUCCGCGUGUGAGCAGUCACAACAAACCCCACCCCCUUCUGCCCCGCCCCCUGAGACUCGAGCGAGCGAGCGUUGAUUAACGAAAAAGAACGGCAGUCAUGGAGAACCCCACGGAGGAGCUGCAGGAAAAGGGAGGAGCAAACACCGAGGUGAACACGGAGGAGGAGGAGCUAAGGAAGGAGACGGCGCACAAUAACCUGAAAGCAGCGAUCAACGGAGGGAAGGAGGCAACAAACGGAGGAGAACCUCUCCAGAACGGAGACAGAGGAGGAGGAGGAGGAGACCUGUCCUCCAUCAACUCCAUGAUGUCAACGGUGAUGUCAGCUGCUGGGACGAUAAACGGAGGAGGAGAUGAAGGAGGGAGUGGCGUUACUUCAGCCAACUCCUCAGCUGGACCUUCUCCCAGCCCCUCACCCAGCAAGUCUCUGACAGCCGCCAUGAGGGCCCCGCCAAGUCGCAGCGCUCGACGCACCCAGGAAUCCAAAGACGACGGCUCGGCUUAUAUCUGCCCGCUGUGCGACAAGAACUGUCAGACGCAGCACCAGCUGACCAUGCACAUCCGACAGCACAACACCGACGCCGGCGCCUCGGAUCACUCCUGCAGCAUCUGUGGGAAGUGCCUGAGCUCGGCCUCGUCGCUGGACCGACACAUGCUGGUCCACAGCGGAGAGAGGCCCUACAAGUGCUCCAUCUGUGGUCAGACGUUCACCACCAACGGCAACAUGCACAGGCACAUGAAAAUCCACGACAAGGAUCCGGCCAGCGGUCUGAUCCCUCUCAGCAGCCCCCCCUCCCCCACCAAGCGCCGCCGUCCGUCUGUGAAGCGGCGGCAUGGCGUGGAGGAUGACCCUGGAGACGAGCCGCCCAGUAAGAAGGUGACAGAGGAUGCGGGAGCCGACGAGUCCGUGGUGGUCCAGGGCUCAGAGGCGGAGCUGCUGCAGUGUCCCAUCUGCUUCAAGACCUGCAGCUCCAGACUGGAUCUGGACGCUCACAUGGACACUCAUCCAGACACGGUGCUAAGGUGUGAUCUCUGCUGCCUUUCUUUCCGAACCCACCGCGGACUGUUGCGGCACAACGCAGGGGUUCAUAAGAUCCUCCCCCAGGACCCCAGCGGUCGACCCUUCAUCCAGAACAACCCCUCCAUCCCCACCGGCUUCAAUGACUUGGCCUUCAUCGACUUCUCCUGCAAGAAGUUUGCUCACAUUGCUCAGGUUUGGUGUGAGACCAACCUGAGGCGCUGCAUCAGUAAGUUCCACCGUUUUGUCUGUGACUCCUGCGAUAAGGCUUUCCCGCUCCGCUCUGCCUUGGACAUCCAUAAAACCACCUUCCAUACGGAUAAACCUGCUGCGGUUGAAGCCGAGGAGAAACCGACGGAGAACGAAGCAAAACGGACUGAGGAACGUCAGGAUGCUGAAGCUGGAAACCUGCCAUCUGAGCAGUCCAGCUUCCUGGAAGCACUCGGCCUGCAGCACAUUUCUAAGGUGAAGUCUGGUCCUACUGAUGAUGAGAUCCAUCAGGCCCACCUUGACAGCAUCAAGGUGAUCCAUGUGGAGCCUCUGUCCUUCAACCUCCCUCAGGAGCCGGCCUCUGCCUUCCUGUCCGGAGGUUGUGGGGUAACUCUGGGUCUGGGUGGACUAGCUGCCCUGAGCAUCCCGCUGCUGGAGGCCUCUGGCUCCACCCUGCAGGGACUCUCCCAGAGAGACGCCCUUAACCUGCUGUCCCUGCAGCCGUUUCAGGCGGGCUUCCUGCUACAUCCUGAAGGGGGCGCUGCCACGGCAGGUGCCGCCUCAGCAAGCUCCAAACCAGGAGAGUCUGGUGGGGCUGGAGUGAUGGAGCUGGCCGACAUCCAGCAAAUUCUGAAAGUGGCGGCCGCCGCGCCCAAUCAGAUGGGACUGCCGCCUCUGGCCAAAGCUCCAGGUUUUAGCGGUCAAGUUCCAGGUCAGAAGGCCAUGCCACCGCUGAAGCCCAAACCUCCCAUCAGCCCUCGCUCCAGCCUCAGCACCACCACCCCUCCCCCCCUGCAGAGCUCCCAGCAGGCGUCACUGGGCUGCAUCAGCCCCAGUCUGCCCCCUCCCACACCCACCCACUUCAAAACACCCUCCUCCUCCUUAGCGGGGGGCGGGGCUCACAUGGACGCAGAGUCGAUGGACGACGCCAGCUCGCCGCUGUCUGAUUCGCCACCUGCCGCCACCACAGCUGUCCAGGAGGACGUGGGGAUAAACAUCCGGAAGGCUGGAAGCAAAGCUGGGAAUGCCACUGCUUCAGCUAAAGGCAUGUUCCCGUGCCGCUUCUGCGACCAGGUGUUCCCCGUCUCUGGUGCCCUGCAGGCCCACAUGCGCUUCCACCUCGGCAUCCUGCCCCACCAGUGCAACAUCUGCGACUACGUGGCGCCCGACAAGGCCACGCUCAUCCGCCACCUGCGCACGCACAGCGGCGAGCGCCCGUACGUCUGCCGCAUGUGUCAUUAUCCCUUCACCGUCAAGGCCAACUGUGAGCGCCACCUCAGGAAGAAGCACGCCAAGACAUCCAGGAAGGACAUCGAGAAGAACAUCAAGUACGUCACCUUCAACACCACCUCCAUCACUGCGACUGGCACCACCACGCAGGACACAGAGACGGGUUGCGAAACCACCUGCCGGUUCUGCGGUGAGGACCUGAAGACCUACCGGGCGCUGCAGAUCCACCUGCGGACGCACAACGGCUGCCAGAGGAAGCCAUUCGAGUGCCGUCGCUGCGGCGCCGCCUUCCUGGCCAAGCGGAACUGCAUCCACCAUCUGCUGAAGCAGCACCCAGAGGUCCAGGAGAGGGAGAUCGAGGGUCACAUUACCACGCUGCUGCCCACCACCACUGUCACCACCCCCACUCUCGGCGCACCUGUGCAUCCGGCGGCACUGAACGGGAUCAGUCAGACCAUCCCGGUGCUACAGGUGAAGGCGGAGGAGCUGGGGUAUCCUACAGAGCUGGACCAACCACUUGACUUCUCUGCUAAAGGGCGGGGCAGCCAGGCUGCGUCUCCUGCGAUCAAAACGGAGAACGUCUCCCAAGGCUUUGACUGUUCCGACCUGGACCAGCCCAUCGACCUGUCCAUCCCCAGCAAGCGGCAGCGCCGGGAGGUGGGGAGCAGCGGGGAGAAGGACGAGAUGAACACGGAGCAGAGCACCGUCAUUGAUCAACAGCAGCCCGCUCCGUCUACAGACGAGAAGACGGCGAGCGCACUCCUUCCUCUGCAGCCUUAUGCCCCACUGGGAUGCUACCAAUUUCCUCCUGGAUCCACUCCUCCCUCUGCCGCCCGAGCUCAGCGCCUCAAACCGCUGCUGCCCAAACCUGCCGCCUCCACCUCCUCGCCACCCUCUUUGAAGGAUCUAGCUCCUCUUGCCUCCAUCGCUCAGAUCAUCAGCUCUGUCUCUGCAGCUCAGGUCAUGCUGGAUGGAAAUUCCCAGCCUGGAGCCUCUUCCUCACAUGCCGAAGCCGAAGCCGCUGGAUCCUCUGCUGUGCUGGAAACACCAAGCGACGACGUAUCCGAUGGAUCCUCCAGAAGGAGGUCACGGAAGAAGCCAGCAGCUCUGGCAGCGAAGGAAAAGGUCGCGGGCGGUGUGAUCGAUCUGGAAUCCAGCGGAGAGUUUGCCAGCGUGGAGAAGAUGCUCGCCACAACUGACACAAACAAGUUCAGUACCUACCUGCAGACUGGAGCUGCAGAGCUGACAACAAAGAGAGAUGUGGACAGAGCUGCAGCACCUGGAGGAGGUGGAGGAGAGGAGAAGGAGAAGGAGAAGGAGGGCAAAGCGAACGAGGAGGGGAAGCAAGCAGCUGCUGCUGGGGCAGCCAUGACGGUACCUCAGACAAAAGGAAAGAAAAACGCCUACUCCAACUCGGCCCAGAAGAUGACCUGCCCGUUUUGCCCCCGGGUCUUCCCCUGGAUGAGCUCGCUCCAGAGACACAUGCUCACUCACACAGGCCAGAAGCCGUUUCCAUGCCCUCGCUGUGACGCCUUCUUCUCUACCAAGUCCAAUUGUGAGCGCCACCUGCUGCGCAAGCACGGCGUGACUCACAGGACCCUGCGACGCAACGGCACCAUGGUGAAGAAAGAGGGUGACGACGGCUCACACGAGAGCGCUGAGAGCCAGUCGGAGACGGAGCAGCUGGCAGCAGAUAGCAAGGACUUCAACAGCGCCACCAUCACAGAAACGGGUCCAGCGUCCACUGUUAAUAGUCCCGCCCCUCCUGACCUCACCCAGCUAAGCCCCACCCCCAAAGCAAGUCAAGGUUGCAGUCCACCUGCAGGGCAACAGGAACCUGAAACCAUUGAUCAGGCUGAUCAACAGGGGGCGCCAGAGACCAAAGGAGCGGCAGGAAAGCAGCUUCAUCCGAGCAGCAAGGCCGAGAACACGGACGAUGACGACUGUCUCAGCAACAAAAGUCUCGACCUGAACUUUGGAAAGAAGCUCAUCGACUUUAAGCUCUCCACGUCCUCCUCAAGCUCCACCCCUCAAGAAGAACAGCCCUCCUCCUCUCCUUCAUCGGCUCCCUCUGCCUCAUCUGCUCCACAAGAAGCACCAGAGGUCUUCGAAGACCAGGAGAAAGCAGCUCCCUCCUGGUCUUCAACCAGCAGCCCUGCAACGAAGCAGCAGCCUGAGUACAAACACGUCUGUCGGGUUUGUACAAAGACUUUCCGCUACGCAACGACUCUGGCUCGCCAUGAGAGGGCGCAUCUCUCAGAGGAGACACAGACAACGACGGAGGAGGCUCCUUCACCUGCGAAGGACGAGGAGGUGACUGAGAGCAAAGCUGCUGAGCAGGAGGACACAGAGAAGGACGCAGAAAUGGAGGAAGACGAAGGAGGAGAUAGAGGAGGAGAGAGUGAUGGAGGCGAGAGCGGGGAGUCAGAGGAAGAAGAGAAGGAGAAGGAGGAGAGGAGCGAUGAAGAAGCAUCAGAACCAAAGAACAUGGAGGGAGGAGAGGUGGUGGGAGGAAGAGUGGAUAAGAGGAAGAAGAUCUGCACCGAGUGCGGGAAAAGAUUCUGGUCUCUGCAGGACCUGACGAGACACAUGAGGUCCCACACAGGGGAGCGGCCAUAUAAGUGUCAGACCUGUGAGAGGACCUUCACUCUGAAGCACAGCCUGGUUCGGCACCAGAGGAUCCACUUGAGGCCCCGUGGGGCCGACGGCUCCUCCGGGGCCAACGAUGAUGCCAGCGAGGACGGAGACUCUUGCGCCCCAACCCCGACCUCUACCUGCCCACCCUCAGAGAACGAAAGUGAGUGCGGGAGCGGGGUCGCAGGACCCAAGGAGCUGGAGGAGGAGGACUUAAAGGAGGAGGGUGAGGGUCAGAGGGAAGAUUCUGCAUCAGUGGAGAAGGAAGAUGUUGUGACACAAUCAGAUUCAGCUCCACCGACCACUUCAGAAGAUCCAGAUGCCCCCACUGAUUCUCACCAAGCUACUGAAUCAAAGACGACUACAAGCACCGACUCACCUACAACACCAGACAGCGCCAAAGAUCCCUCCAUCUCUUCCUCCAGCUCCCCACCAGCGGGUGUCACCAAAGAUGCCCCUGCAGAAGGCUUUAUCCAAGGGCUGCUGGAGAUCCACACCAAGCCCCCUCUGGAGCACAUCCUUCCCAACGGUGAGCCUCCGAUGGUAGGUGUAGACUGAAAGGUAGUUCCCCACCAAUAUCACCACAGUGCCAUAUGACAGAAGGACGCUACACCAGUGAUGAUGAUGCAUAAACCAGCUCGGAAAAGUUUCCCCUAAAAGACAGAAACCUCGUUUCUUGAAGUGCCUUACUACUAGUCCGACUUCUAAAAGAUGUUUUUCCUGCUAUAUCUUUAUCUGCAUUAUUACGGAGGAUGGAUCUAAAUUUUUUAUAGCUUUUUAUGAUGACAAUGAUUACUAUUUUUGUGCGGGGAAUCUAUAUUUCAGCAAUAAAAAGAAUAAAUGAUUACAAUUUAUUGUUCUAGAUUUUUGUUUUGAGAAUCGAUCAACGUAGGAGACGCCGACAGACAGAAACUGAGACAGAGCGUCGAGAUCGGCGUAAGUUCUUCUGUAUUUAAAUCACAGCCGGGCUCGGGCUGGAAGCAGAACUGGAUGAUUGCAUUUUUAAGAUCAGGAGCUGUGGAUUUCUGGUUGGAGCGACGGACUUUUCUUUGGCUCCAGCUCUGGUUUCAACCUCUAUAUUUGGUAUUUAGAAAUGAACAGUGUGGUGAAAAAAUGGCUUCCAGCUGUUUCUGCUGGUAGCUGCGUCUCAUCAUGGGACUGAGGAAAGCUUUUUUAACUGGAAAACGCAGAACGGUCGUUGCUGGCCUUGCUAAAUCUCCCAUCUCUCUCUGCUGACUCAUGGAAACCUUCAGGAACUAAUCAGAGUCGCACCUCUGUGUGUGUGUGUGUGUGUGUGUGUGUGUGUGUGUGUGUGUGGGGGGGGGGUCAUUGUACCUUUUUUUUUUUUAAACCCAUCACACUAUUGAUCCUUUCCUCCCUCAGAAACCACCGUUUGUGUUAAUUUCUCAUCAUGAUUCUCAGUUGAUUCCCUGUUUGUACAGAAGGUUGAACCGUGGUGUGUGAUGCUCCACUGUUUCUGCAUGUUUGCCAUGAUAUUUAGGUGUGUUGGGGGGGGGGGGGUGUUUUGUGGAUUUUCUUUUUUAAUUGAACAAAUCAAAUGUUUUUGUUGUUUUGAGUGUGAAUGUGAGCUUGUCUCUGGCCUGUCUCUCAUCGUCACCCCCUAGUGUGUGUUUUAAGGUUACUUACAGGGCCUCUGGCAUGCUAACAUGUAGCAGCACUAACACCUGUUCCAGGUUCAGUUUACCUCAAAUUUCGCUUUUUAACUGAAACUGCAGCUCUGGAUCUAGCCCUUAAAUCCAACGUCUUCCUUCCGACUCGCUCAGUUAAACUGCAGUGAGCCGGGUUUCCACCGUGGGCCAAAUCAGAGCUAAUGAGCGCUAACUCAUCAGUGUAGUCAGGGCGAUGUUGCAGGUGUUACUGGAUUAGCUUGAACAAAGGCAGCUAAGGAAGGCGAGCUCAGAUGUCCAAGUUGUGCGACAGUUUUAGAGCUAAUUCACUGCCUUUCACCCUAAACGUGGUUUAUGCUGUGUCUUAGAAAGGGGACAACACUAGAUAGGUGUAGCAAUUAGCUGAUGGUUGCAUCUGCAGCACCUUCUGAUGAGACAAUCUAACAAUCUGUCCAGCUCUUGCUAUACUCUCAAUAACAACCCAGAUGAUGAACCUGAUCACUGGCUCAGUUAAACACAUGUAUUUACUCCCCAAACAGUAUUAUAUCAGUCUAUCUUGAGUUAUCCUCCAACCACUCUGCAGUUUGUCCAAGUUUUAUCUCCUCUAAGGGUCCGUCUCAACACUUUUUUCCUUUGGAAACAUCUGAACUUAACAGUUAAACUUGACCCGAAGCUUGAGGUCGUUAGCUGAGCAUUAGAGACAAUCAUUUUAGUUUCCUGAAAGAAAAAGGUUUGCAGAAGAAGAUGGGUGACAGCGUAACAGAUAGAUGAAUUAUGAAAUGAUACAGGUUGGUGUCCUAAACCUGCUGCACAUGUUUUAAAAAUCCAGUUGAAAGGGCUAAAUGUUCAUCAGCACCAACCUUGCCACAAGGAUCUUUAACAGGGAGAACUGGGCUAGUUUUUCAUUUGUGUACCAGAGGGAUGGGUAGCCUGUGUGUUUGUCUCUUUUCCUGCUUGUGUGAUGAUGUGUGCAGAAAACUUUGCUUCUUGUACAUUUUUCUUUUUUUUAAUAUUAGACGACCUCACAAGCAAAUCAAACCUCAGUGGCUUAUAAUGGAACUGUAACGCAGUGAUGGUCGGCCAGUUAGCGGGUUAGGGUUAAAAACAAAUCUUAUUAAAGAACCAGAACCGCUCCAAUUGGCUUAUCACUGCCCCAAACUGGCGCUAACAUUUUCCAAACCUACUGCUUCUGUUCGUACUACUAACUACAGUCAUGAGAGAAAGGGUUGGUCUCUAUAGGAGCUUCUGCAACAAACAACUAGACACUUUAAUAAAAAAGAUCAAAAACUUUAACUUUUUAAUUAUGUCAAACCAUUCAGACAUUCAGAUUUGUUUCUACAUGAGUAACUGGGUGAUUGUUACACCUGGCUAGCACAUGGUGAGCUAGCUGCUAUUAGCUUUUUGAGCUAAUAGGCUUGCUUGCUUUUUAUGCUAGUAUUCAGAAAUGUGAAAUAACUAAAUUAAAUGAUUUCAGUUUGAUUUUUCAUGAAUUUUACGUAGUAAAACUAUGACGUAGAUUUGCAAAAUUAAUUAAACUAGUUUUCUUUGAUGGGUUUCAAAGUCAGGAUGCAACUCGGCUAACAAGCUAACAGUUCUCUGUUUUCUUGUAUUUAGUUUUCUGUCAAGUUUCAGUUCAGAAAAAUCUGUUUGGUCAAAUUUACCAGUGUGGGAUUCAGUUGAUGCUAAUGGUAUAAAAGGAUAAAAUAAUUUAUUGGCUAAUGUCAGUUUCAUGUAGAAAGUUUUCUUAAUGAUCUGUCAAAUUUGCCUUUAUUUUAUCACAGAUGAGCUAAUUUUACCACUUUGAAGUUUAAGCUGCAACAGCUUUCGGAUUUUGCUAGCUGAACAUUUAAAGCUGUUCCAAGAACAAUAUACCCUACUCUAUCAUAUGUAUUGUUAUUUUGGUUUCCAAUUCUUACAUUUUUGCAGAGAGAAUUAUUGAAUAAAAUGUUUUGACCAGUGAAUAUGCUACAUGGCUCAUAGUCUAACUGCCCUUCAUUUAUGUUCAACAGUCAAAUUUGUCAGAACAUUUCUUUUUACUGGAUAUAAAACAGAAUCAUGGCAAAAUCUUUAGCAUCAUGCAAAUUUGAGACUAAUUUACACAAACCUGUAAACAAAGUUAACGCUAACAGUGAAGAAGUGAGGCUAACGUUAAACUGUAGCUUUCAGCCUUAAAACACAAUAAACCUUUUUUUAUAAUGGUGAAUAUCUUCCAUAAAUAUGUAGAAAUGUAAAAUACAUUUAUUUAGGUUGCUAAUUUAAGAUGCUAACAGGCUAGCUGGCAGUCCUUUAUUCCUAAACGGAACCAGGUCCGUUUUGUUCAGCACUCAUUUGAAAUUACUUUCCUAUUUUCUUCUGAGUAACGGUGCUGAAGUGAGCCUAACAUAGAAUAAAGCAUGUUUUCUAAUAACUGAUAUUUAAUUGUAGAGGUCAGUAAAGGAACUGCCCCUUUCUCUCCUGAUGAACUGGUUUCUGACUUGUUGGCUCUGUGUUUGCACCCUCUCCUUGGGGAAUUUGUGUUGGCGUCUGUCCUGUCUGUGUGCGCGGCCAUAUGAAUACUGGACUUCCAUUCGAAUGCACAUGGACUGUUUUUAAUGUAUUUAUUUGGAGCCCAGGUGUGUUUCUGUGUAUGGGUGUGUGUUAAGUGUCUGCAAUGACUUGAGAAGAAGCCAUGUAUUAAAAAUGUCACAUUUAUGCUGCAGAACUGUUGUGAGGAACUGGUUGUUUUUGUUGUGGACCGACCGGCUUGCUCCAGGGCACGGCCGGCCCACGUGAGACUCGGACUAGCAAUAAGACUCAUUCUGAAUCCAAAAGCUUUAUGUAGAUUUUCCUGUAUGUGAGUGGAGAACAGUCUGUCUGGGUCUAUCGGUUCUGUUUAGUUUUCUUCUUCGACAACAAUGCAUAUAAAACUGUGAAAAUCUAUUGUGAUUAAUUAAAGGGUGAGUUUUAGGUUAGUUUUUUUGCAUGUAAAUCUAAUUUGUUCAGUUAUGGAUGAUUUCUCCUUUCUCCAUCACUUCCUGUGCUACACACACAUAAAUAUCAAAAUAUAUAUAAUCUUGCUCUCAGGGUCUUUCACAAAUCCAUUAUUUGAAAUGCUUCGUGUUGUUUUCCUCCUGAGUCGCAGCUUGUCCAGAUUACUGUCUUUUUUUCAAAGAUGACAUCAUGAUUCAGAUCUGUCAAUCACUACAUUUAGCAUUUGGCUGUGAACUCGUCAUUAGCUGACACAGAUUUCUGGUCUCCAAACUCUUAGUCAGACAUCUGAUUUGAAGUCUUUUCUGUUUUAGUUAAAACCUUUUAUUUAAUGAGUUUUUCUUUGUGUACUGGACCUCAAUCACAAAGCAUUAAACACAUUCUUCUGAAUCAUUUUCUGUCCCCUGUUGUUAGCAAACAUGAAAGUGUUUCACAGAGUCAAGAGAUGUAAACCUCCUCUGUAUUCAACCCAAUAAGAAAAAGCAAUAAAGAUCAUGUAAAGGAAA